UGUCACCUGUGCUUCUAUAUGAUGACACACCCAUUGUGUCCAGUUUAAUAUCUCAACCUGCAAGCCAACCUUUGGUCUUCCACAGAGGGACAGAUAGCACCUGUAGACGUGCAGGUGUAGGCUUCCUUUGUACCAAGGCAAGGUGACAGAGAUGGCCACAUACGCACCCAGGGUGAUCGGCCUGACCAAAAAGGAAGGCCAGAGCUUCGGCUUCCUGCUGAGGUUGGAGUUGGGUGAGGAGGGCCAUCUGAUCCGGAACCUAGACAGGGGCGGCCUGGCGGAGCUGGCCGGCCUUAAGGACGGUGACCGGAUCCUGAGAGUAAAUGGCAACUUCGUGGAUGACCUGGAGCACUCGUUGGUGGCAGGGAUGGUGAAAAACAGUGGGACUUCUGUCACUCUACACGUCCUGGACCAUCAGUCCUACAAACAGGCUAAAGCCAGUGGAGUCAACCUGACCGAACCCCAGCCCCGCCCCACCAUGAACGGGACGUCCAAAUCUGACCCCAAACCCAAACUCUGCUUCCUGGAGAAAGCCAAAAGUGGAUAUGGGUUUUCUCUUAAGUCUAAGCAAGGUGAAGAGGGCGUGUUCAUUGUCGAUGUUACCCCAUCUGGAGUCGCUGAUAAGGCUGGAGCAAAGAUUUGUGACCGUGUCCUGGAGGUCAAUGGUGAAAACGUGGAGGAGGCCACCCACGAGCAGAUCGUGGAGAAGAUCAAGGCUGCGGGCAACAGCAUUGUGUUCUUGCUGGUGGACGAGGAGACUAACAGACACUACAGGAACAAAAAGAUGAAACUGGGGGCGGGGCUGGCCACCACCAGGUACCUCCCACACAAGCCACGCAUCGUUGAUAUGACCAAGGGCUCUGAUGGCUAUGGGUACUACCUGAGGUCCUACCCCAAGCUAAAAGGUCACUUCGUAAAGGACAUUGAUCGGGGAAGCCCAGCAGAGAGGGUGGGUUUGCGAGACAUGGACCGCCUGGUGGCUGUAAACGGAGAUGGGGUGGAUGGCCUGAGCCACGAACAGGUGGUAGAGCGGAUCCGUCAGUGCGGAGACAGGUGUUCCCUGCUGGUGGUCGACACGGAAACCGACAAAAUGUACAAGCUGGGUGGUGCAUCUCCCCUCUUGUACUGGGAGGAAAUGAGAGGAUCUCUUCCGCAGCCAACUCCUCCCGCCUCUCCCAAGGCAACGACUAAACCAAUUACAGUCCUCCCAGCUAAUGACCCUGCCCCCGCCCCCAUCCCUGCACCAGCUAAGCCCUCUGAGGACAGCUAUAAACCCAAACUCUGCAAGCUGGAGAAAACCUCGAGUGGAUAUGGGUUCCACCUGAAUGGCAUCAUGGGACAAACCGGCCAAUACUUCAUCAAAGAGGUGACAAAGGGCGGGGCAGCUGACAGGGCAGGGCUGGAGGAUGAAGACAUCGUAGUCGAGGUGGAUGGCGUGAACGUGGAGGCCCGCCCCUACGAGGAUGUGGUGGGCAUGAUCCGGGCCAGUGGAAGCAGCCUGGUCCUGCUGGUCGUGGAGCAGCAGGCCUAUGACUACUUCAAGGCCCAAAAGAUCCCGAUCACCACCCUCCUGCUGUCCCAGGACCACUUCGAAACGCCUCACACUCCCACCAGCCUCGAGGAGGUGAAGGAGGAGGAGGAGGAAGAAGAGGAGGAGAACGACAAAGAGGAGAAGAAUGAACCAGCUACUUUGCCCGUCCUGACAGAGGCUCGCGAGAGGACGGCGUCCUCUUCAUCUUCGUCAUCUUCUCCCAGUGUAGACGAACAGCUCUGAAGAAGCAACAUUUGUUCACAUCCUGAACACUAUUACUUAACGCAUUUACUAAAUUGAGGGGAAUGUGUGGAGAAAAAUAAAGGAACUCAAAAUUUAUAACAGUGACAUGGCAGAGAAAAUAAUUUAUAGUGAACAUUGUCCAGCUCACCUACAGUAUUGUUAGUCUCUUUACCUGUUUUUUGUCUUUUAUUCUACCUUGCUUGUAUUAAUAUAGUUGUUCAAUUAUUUAAUUAUUGGUAUAUAUAACCCUAGAACACUAAAUCAUUUUCAGAAGAAACAAAGUGUUACUUCCCGUUUUAAUCCUGUUGCUGGUCUGUGCAGUUAAAAAUGUCUUUAAUGCAGAGAUUACCGAAGCACCUCCUAUGUAGUCGUGUUUUACGUGUUUCACUCUAUAAAUGUUUAAACCACUGAUUGCAUGCCUGGCAGCUUCAAAACGUGUGCUUAUCUUGUUUCAGGUAUAAAGUCUCUUCUUGUGGAAUUCAGUCAUGGAAAUUUAUUGUCGAUGAACCUCUCACAUUAGGAACCACGGCCAAUUAAAAACACUGCUCCGCCAAGGAACAGAUAACAUGGCCCGUCUCCAUUUCAAGGAUUUUUAAACAGGGAUUUGCGUGCGACGCUGUUUGACAAAUCGCAUGACCUCUGGGAAUGAAGAAGUUAUUUUUAACACCGUGCUAGCCAGUCUUAUCUGGACUGUAGGAUAUGCCUUACAGUGUAUGGAUGAUUCAGCUGAACUGAGCUAUGUGUCUGUUGCCUCAAUACAGAGACAGCCGCCAAUCAUCAUUUUACACAGGGAGAAAGAAAGAGUAGAUUAAGAACAGCAUAACUAAUAAAGUUAUUAAGCAACUUCUGAUUGACACUUUAUUUGUGCAAUCCCCAGGUGGGGCUCUGCCACUGCACACUUGAACAAUGAACUUAAUGUGGAUUGCUAUAAUAAAUAUCCAGCAGUAUAAAUAAAUCAUACUUAAAGAAUGCAA